UAUCGAUAAAACAAAACCAAAACAAAAAAAAAGCGAAAAAAAGUCAAGUAAUUGCUACAAGCUAGUCCAAAUCUUCACUAUAUACAUAUAUACGUAUAUAUACAUUAUAUAUUUAACUAAUAAUACUUAACGAGAACACGCCAAUUGCCGCAAAAACUUACUCUCCAAGCCGAAAAACCAAAGAGAUUUCAAUUCAACUUAAAGAUACAAAGAUACAAAGAUACAAGAUACAAAGAUACAAAAUACCAAACACAGCUUCAAAGUGUGCACAAUAAAAGACAGCAAACAAAAACCAAAGAAAGACACCAAAAACCAAUUAAAAUUAUUAUUAAAAAAAAAAUACAAAAUCGAAUACCCAUUUGAGAAGGCACAGUUGCCAAUAAAAAACCCAAGGUCACGGCCAGCAAACAAAACAACAAGUACAACAAACACAACAAACACAAACAAAAAACAAAGACAGAACCCCUAAAGACAAACAAAGUAACUCUCCAGGCCAGGAAGUCACCUCUGGUUCGGCCGCCUUUCCCCCCGUUCAGUGCCCUAUUCCGAAGAGUCGCGAGUGAAACCCCCAAAAAUACCCAAUACCCGGUGAAAGCCUGCAGAGCAUACCCACUUUUUUUUCGAGUGUAAGAAACGAAUUUUUUUUUUUUCCGCCUGUGUGAACGCAAAGCUAACGCCACGCAAAUUCCAACUGUGAUGGGAGAUCAGCCAAAAGCAACGACUACAGGAGCAGACGCAGGCACAGGAGCAUCGGGAUCCGGAGCUGGAUCUGGAUCUGGAUCUGGAGCCGUAAUGGCCGCCACCCACGAGAGCCUGCCCGCCGUCGGCAACGGCAGUGGCAAUGGUGGUCCUGGUAACGGAACAGCCGGCAACGGCAAUCGGGAACCGAACCCGAACCAGGACCAGGAACCCGGCCAGGUGGAGCAGGACGGCGGCGGGGAUGCCGGCGAUGAUGCCGCCACCGAUGCCGGGGCCAGUUCGUUGCCCCCGUCGGAGAUUGGCGGCCGGGCGCCCCUCGAUACCGGCUGCUCGGAUGCCGACGGUGGUGCUGCCUCCAGCCUGGCCGGCGGCAUUGUGGGUCCGCCCAGCCCCCUGACCGGCUGCUACCUGCUCAUCGUCAUGGGCGAGCCGCACUCCGAGGAGCACAAGGACAACAUCUUGCAGCACCUGCUCAAGGGUUUCCUCUCCUGGGACGUCUCCGAUUGCCACGUCGACUUGGAGGAGGAGCUCAACACAAUAACACAGCAUGCGCCCGAGGGCGAGGAGGCUCGUCAUGGCGAACGACUCAUACAGUAUGCCAGCGAGAACCUGGUCACGGAGGUGCUCAUCCAUCCGCAGUACAACACCCUCAUCCAGUGCAUGCGCAACCUCUUGAGCAGCUUCACCCGCCACCGGCACAUCAUCCACGCCGGCUACACCUUCAGCGGCAACGGUUCCUGGAUCCUGCAGGACGGAACCUUCUCGGUGGCCGAUUUCUCGGAGGCCUUCCAGGAGCACGACGUACAAAGGGUGAUCCGAGCCUACGCGGACACCAUCACCAUGAACAUCCACUGCGCGGACGCGGGUCUCUGGCACACACUGCCGGAGAAGCCCUUCGCCCGCCAGUGCCGCAUCCGGAUCAACCCGGUGGAUGUCCUGGACACGAGCAGCGAGAGCAUCAACGGGUUCAUAGACUACCUGGCGCCCAUGGUGAUGCCCACGUCGCUGAGGGAACUGCUGGAGACCUCGGACGUGGUCGGCAACAUCCGCUUCACGCAUCCCACUCUCUACGUCUUUCCCGGCGGGCAGGGCGACGCGGCUCUGUUCGGCAUCAACGGAUUCAACAUGCUGGUGGACGGCGGCUUCAACCGGAAGGCCUGCUUCUGGGACUUUGCCCGCCACCUGGACCGCCUGGACGCCGUGCUGAUGACCCGGCUGAACAACAGCAACAUCCAGGGCCUGGGAGCCGUGGUGGCCCGCAAGAGGGACUCGCACGUCUACCCCCAGAUUGGACACUUCUUCGGAAACGUACCUGACCGCCGGGGACUGCCCAGCCCGGACGGCGACAAGGACAAGGACCCGCUGCUGAUCGAUCUCUUCGAGCGCGGCCACGGCAUCGUCAAUGACCUCAAGUCGCUCGACCUGAAGCCGCAGGCCUGCUACCGCAACCAGGAGCCGGUGAAUCUCUACCACAAGGUGGGCCACGGCACCCUCGACAUGUAUGUGAUAAGUCCGGCCCGCGACUCCAAGGAGGUGAAGGAGUUCCUCCAGAAGUGGCACGCCGGCGACCAGCGGCUCUUCGCGAGUCGCGAGUCCAAGGACUUUAACUUCCCGCUCCAGAACCUGGUCUCCAUCUGCGCCCUGCUGGUCUGGCAGCCCGCCAACCCGGACGACACCAUCACGCGCAUCCUCUUCCCCGGCAGCACCCCCGACUACAAGAUCCAGGAGGGCCUGGAGAAGCUGAAGCACCUGGAGUUCAUGAAGCACUCCACGUGCACGGCCAAGUCGAUCGCCCCGGCCAUCCAGACGGUGGCCGCGGCCACCCGGAAGAGUCUCAAGUCCGCCAUCGAGUCCACCCCGGCCCCGCCCAGCGCCAGCCACCACAAGGUCUCCAAGUUCGGCCCCGUGGCCAGUGCCGCGGUGGCGGUCCAGCACCCCCAUCCUCAGCAGCAGCAGGAUAACAAGGCCAAGGAGGCAGCAGCCGCAGCAGCAGCGGCAGCGGCGGCAGCAGCAGCAGCAACUGCCUCGCGCGCCAAGGCCGACUCCCUGGACACCGAUGCCGAGCAGGAGGCAGAGCCGGAAGCAGAGCCCGAAGCCGAACCGGAGGCAGAGCCGGCAGCCGACACCGGAGACGAGGCUGUGGCCGCGGAGCAGCCGGAGCCAGAGGGAGCCGAGACCGAACCGGAGCCGGAGGCGGAGACGAAGCAGUUGGACAACAAGGAUGCCGUCGCCGCCGCGGAGGAGAAGAAGGUGGUGCUCCCACCGGUCACCGGCAAGGAGGCUAAGGGAGAUGCAGUGGAUGCUGCCGCUCCGGCGGACAGUGCCACGCCCUCCAGCAAGUCCGCCAAAACCCUGUCGGCCGGCAAGGGCAAGGAGAAGCCGGACAAGCCGCGGGCCGAGGUGAAGCCUGUGGUGCGCUCCCGGAUCGACACGAAGCCACCCAAGUCCAUGGACCGCAAGAUGGUGAAGCGGGUGGAGGACAAGAAGAGCUCGCCCACGGCUACGCCUGCCGUCCGGGCCGCCGCCGCCCAGAAGCCCAAGGUGCCGCUGAGCCGACCCGUGACCAAGUCCAGUCCCAGCAGCACGCCCGCCAAGAGCGCCAAGGAGGCCAACAACCGCAAGGUCCUGGAGUCGAAGCAGCAGGCGGCCCGCAGCCAGGUGACCACCAGCACCGCUAGGACCAGGCUGGUGAAGACCCAGCAGCAGCAGCAGCAGGCGGAGAGCAAGACCUCGACCGGGGUGCAGCAGCGGAAGCCCAUUUCCCGGAGACCUCGCGGCGUUUCGCCCUCCAAACGGGCUCCGGCUCCGGGAAGCCCUGUGAAGCAGGCCAAGCCCAAGGUGGCGGAGCUGAAGAAGACGCGCCUGGACAAGGGCGGCACCACCGACUCCAGCUUGGUGUCCACGCCCUCUGCCGACGAGGCGACAGCCGCCAAGAAACUGCAGGAGCUGACGGCUUCGCAGGAACUGGACGCGGAGGAGAAGCAGCGCGAGCUGGAUGACCUUAAGGAGGAGCAGGAGGUGGUGCGCGAGAUCGAGGCCGUAUUCAGCCGGGACGAGAUGAAGCGCCAGCAGCACCAGCAGAUCAAGGCGGAGCUGCGGGAGAUGCCCAAGGGCGAGGGCGGCGAGGAUGAGGCUGAAGAGGACGAGGAGUACCUGAUCAUCGAGAAGGAGGAGGUGGAGCAAUACACCGAGGACUCGAUCGUGGAGCAGGAGAGCAGCAUUACCAAGGAGGAGGAGAUCCAGAAGCACCAGCGCGACUCACAGGAGUCCGAGAAGAAGCGCAAGAAGAGCGCCGAGGAGGAGAUCGAGGCGGCCAUCGCCAAGGCGGAGGCGGUCGAGCGGCAGGAGCAGCUCUCCAAGGAGGAGCAGAAGCAGGACCAGGCCGAGCUCCAGCUGGAGGAGGAGGAGAUCAAGGACGAGGUGCAGGAGAUUAUUGCCACGGCCAAGGUGGUGGCCAAGUCGCGCACGGAGGAGCAGCUGGCCAAGCGCGGUCAGGACGACUUGGAGUACUCUUCGCCCACGCCCGAGGAGAAGCUGAGCAAGAAGACCUCGGACACGAAGGACGAGCCUGUGGAGGCGCCGGCGGACCUGCCCGUGAAUCUGCAGGAGAGCCUGCCGGAGGAAAAGUUCUCGGCCACGAUCGAGUCCGGAGCCACCACGGCGCCCACGCUGCCCGAGGACGAACGCAUCCCCCUGGACCAGAUCAAGGAGGACCUCGUGAUCGAGGAGAAGUACGUCAAGGAGGAGACCAAGGAAAUCGAGGCCAUGAUAGUUACCACGUUGCAGGCGGCAGUGCCCGAGACGGCGGCGGCCGCCAUCGAUACUAUCCUGGCCCUUGCCACCAAGGACGCCCCCCAGGCAGCCGCCCAGGUGGAGGUCACCGGAGAGCAGGCCGACUCUGCCGGGGAGCGGAUAAUGCCCAUGAAGAUGACCUUCGAGGCGCAGCAGAACCUCCUGAGGGAUGUCAUCAAAACACCCGACGAGGUGGCCGAUCUGCCCGUGCAUGAGGAGGCCGAUCUCGGCUUGUACGAAAAGGACGACAAGGAUGCGGGCGCCAAGAGCAUCUCGCACAAGGAGGAGUCCGCCAAGGAGGAGAAGGAAUCCGCCGACGGAGACAAGGAAGACAAGGAAGCGGAAGCCGCAGCCGCAGUGGAAGCGGAGAAGAAGUCCAAGGAGUCUUCGCCCAAAGAAGAGGCUCCAAAAGCUCUUCCAGCAGCCGCCGAGGAGAAGAAACCGGAGGCAGAGCCAGAGCAAAAGAGCCCGGAGAAGGAGCCGGAGGCGGGUCUGGAGAAGCAGGAGGCGGAGACCCAGCCUGAGGCAGCCAUCAUCACCGAGAAGGAGGCCAAGAAAUCAGCCAGCACUCCAGAGGAAAAGGAGACCAGCGACAUUACGUCGGAGGACGAGCUGCCGGCCCAGCUAGCGGAGCCCUCCUCCGUUCCGGCAAAGCCCACAAAGGACCGUGAGGACACCAUCUCCAUGGAAAGCCCCGCCACCAUCGAGGAAGCCAUCGAAGUGGAGGUGCAGACGAAGCAGGAAGCUGCCAAGGAGCCCUCUCGUCCCGUGUCCGCGGUGGGCAGUGCCAAGGACGAAACCGAGCCGCCGGAAGCCGACAAGUCCAAGGAGCCAUCUCGCCGCGAAUCCGUGGCGGAGAGCAUCAAGCCAGAUAGUGUGAAGGACGAGAAAUCGGCAGCUGCUUCCAAGGAGCCUUCCCGCCCAGAAUCGGUGGCCGAAAGUGUGAAAGACGACGCUGAAAAGUCCAAAGAGCCUUCCCGACGUGAGUCCGUGGCGGAGAGCAUCAAGCCGGAGAGUGUGAAGGAUGAGAAGUCCCCUCUGGCCUCCAAGGAACCUUCCCGUCCAGGAUCCGUAGUGGAAAGUGUCAAGGACGAUGCAGAACAGUCCAAGGAACCAUCGCGACGCGAAUCCGUUGCGGAGAGCAUCAAGCCGGAGAGUGUGAAGGACGAGAAAUCGGCGGCUGCUUCCAAGGAGCCUUCCCGGCCAGAAUCUGUAGCGGCGAGCAUCAAGGAUGAUGCGGAAGCCUCCAAGGAACCAUCCCGUCGCGAAUCCGUGGCGGAGAGCAUCAAGCCGGAGAGUGUGAAGGACGAGAAGUCCCCUCUGGCUUCCAAAGAGCCCUCCCGGCCAGGAUCGGUGGUGGAAAGUGUCAAGGACGAAGCAGAGAAAUCCAAAGACCCAUCUCGACGAGAAUCUGUUGCGGAGAGCAUCAAGCCGGAGAGUGUGAAGGACGAGAAGUCCCCUCUGGCCUCCAAAGAACCUUCCCGGCCAGGAUCGGUGGUGGAAAGUGUCAAGGACGAGGCUGAAAAGUCCAAGGAACCAUCCCGUCGGGAAUCUGUGGCUGAAAGCAUCAAGCCGGAGAGUGUGAAGGACGAGAAGUCCCCGUUGGCGUCCAAGGAGCCUUCCCGCCCUGGAUCCGUAGUGGAGAGCGUCAAGGACGAAGGUGAGCAGCCUGAGAGCCGUAAGGAAUCCAUCGCUGAGAGUACAAAGCCGGAAGAGAAAUCGCCGCUAGCCUCCAAGGAAGCGUCCCGACCGGAGUCGGUGGCUGCUUUGUCCAAGGAUCCAUCCGGACGCGAAUCAGUCGCCGAAAGCAUCAAGGAUGCUGCCAAGGACGAGGAGAAGUCGCCCCUGGCUUCCAAGGAAGUCUCCAGACCCGCAUCCGUGGUGGAAAGCGUCAAGGACGAAGGUGAGAAGCCCGAAAGCCGCAGGGAGUCCGCCAAGCCGGAGAGCGACAAGGAUGAAAAGUCAGUUCCCGCCUCCAAAGAGCCUUCCCGGCCAGAAUCGGUGGCCGAAAGCACCAAGGACGAAGCCGAGAAGUCGAAGGAGCCAUCCCGUCCGGAGUCCGUGGCUGAAAGCAUCAAGGCAGAGAGCACCAAGGCGGAGGAGAAGUCCGCAGAGGCCUCCAAGGAAGCUUCCCGACCCGCGUCCGUGGCUGAAAGCGUGAAGGAUGAAGCCGAGAAGACCAAGGAUCCGCUGGCUUCAAAGGAAGCCUCUCGACCUGCCUCUGCCGUGGACAGCGUCAAGGACGAGGCAGAGAGCCGGCGGGAGUCCGUGGCCGAGAGUGCCAAGGCAGAGAAGUCCGCCGAGGCCUCCAAUGAGGCUUCCAGGCCAGCAUCCGUCGUGGAGAGCGUCCAGGACGAAGCCGAGAAGUCCAAGGAGCCAUCGAGACGCGAGUCUGUGGCCGAAAGUAUCAAGGCGGAGAGCACCAAGGCGGACGAGAAGUCCGCAGAGGCCUCCAAGGAAGCUUCCCGACCCGCGUCCGUGGCGGAAAGUGUGAAGGGUGAGCCGGAGAAGUCCAAGGACCCCUCUCGUAGAGAAUCCGUGGCAGAAAGCAUCAAGGCAGAGAGUACAAAGGACGAGAAGUCUCCACUGGCAUCCAAGGAUGCGUCCCGUCCCGCAUCGGUGGCCGAGAGUGCCAAGGAUGGAGCCACUCCGCCCAAGGAUGCCACGUCUCGCCCGGAAUCUGUUGCGGAGAGCCCGGCUGCAAAGUCUCCGGCUCCAUCCCGGCCAGAAUCCGUGGUGGAAAGUGUCAAGGAUGAGCCCAUCCAAUCCAAGGAGCCAUCGCGACGAGAGUCCGCUGUCGAGAGCAUUAAGGCGGAAAGUGUAAAGGACGAGAAGUCUCCGCCUGCCUCCAAGGAUGUUUCACGUCCCGAAUCGGUUGCUGGAGGACUGAAGAUCGAAGGAGCCCUGAAAUCAAAGGAGUCCUCUCGACCAGAGUCGGUGGCUGAGAGCGCCAAGGACGAGCAGUCACCUAUUCCCUCCAGGGACAUUUCCCGGCCAGAAUCGGUGGCGGAAAGCGAGCAAGAAGAGGAUUCCUUCAGGGUGAAGCCUCCCGCGGAGGAGAAGCUCAUCUCUACGGUGGUUACCAAACUGGAAUCCGCUGCAGAGGCGAAGCCGGAGCCACAAGCUGCCAGUGAGAAGGAUGAGAAGUCCCCUAUCGCCUCCAAGGAAGCCUCCCGACCAGCCUCUGCGAUCGAGAGCGUAAAGGACGAAACUGAGAAACCAGAAAGUCGCCGUGAGUCCCUGGCGGAGAGCCUUAAGCCAGAGAGCUCGGCCGAAAAGUCUCCAGAAACUGCCUCCAAGGAAGCCUCGCGUCCCGAGUCGAAGGCGGAAGACGCCAAGGACGAAGCUGACAAGUCGAAGGAACCAUCCCGGAGGGAAUCGGUCGCCGAAAGCGCGAAGGCUUCUGAGGGCUCUGUGGGUGACAAGUCGAAGGAACCAUCCCGCCCAGAGUCCGUUGCGGCAAGUGUCAAGGACGAGGUGGAAAGUCUCAAGGACCAAAAAUCGCCACUUGCUUCCAAGGAUGUUUCCCGCCCGGAGUCGGUGGCAGACAAGGAUGACGUCAAGGACAAGGAGCCCUCGCGACCAGAAUCCGUUGCAGAGAGCCUCAAGCCAGACAGCCUCAAGGACGAGAAGUCGUCAUUGCCCGCUUCCAAGGAGCCGUCUCGCCCAGGAUCUGUGGCAGAAAGUGUCAAGGAGGAGGCGGAGAAGUCAAAGGAGCCAUCCCGCCGAGAGUCCGUGGCGGAGAGCGGAAAGGUGGAAAGCAGCAAGGACGAAAAGACGGCUCCUGCUUCCGUAGAAGUUUCCAGACCAGGAUCGGUCGCAGAAAGCAUCAAGGACGAGCCGACCAUGGCCGAGAGCCGAAAGGAAUCGAUUGCCGAAAGCACCAAGCCGGACGCCGUUAAGGAGGCCAAGUCCCCACUGGCCUCCAGGCCGGAGUCCGUGGCCGGAAGCACCAAGGACGAAUUGGAAAAAUCCGAGGAGCCGGACAAGGCCAGUGCUCCUAUCUCGCAGCAACCGUCACCCCGACCGGGAUCUGUGGCCAGCGAACAUGAAGCACCAGUGGCUGCCGCAUUGUCUUCCAAGGAAGCCUCCCGACCGGAGUCCGCUCUGGAGACUGCCUCGUCGCCAAUCGAGGAAGCGGCAAAGGACUUCCCGGAGCCAGAGAUCGUAAAGAAGACAAGCCUGGCACUGGACCUGCAGGCUGAAGCCGGAAAGCUGCCCACGGAGUCCAGUCCCGUCGAUGUCGCCGAGGGAGACUUCUCCAAGAUCAUUGUCGCUUCGGUGUCGGCUGCGCCAAGUGCUCCUCCAAAGCCUGCGGAACUCUCCAAGGCUGCCGCCGCGGAAACCGUUUCCUCACCCGUGGACGAAGCUCCCAAGACUCCAUCGGCCCCCGAGCUAAGUCCCCGUGCGGAAUCCCCCGCAGAAAGUGGCCACGAAGAGGCCGCCCAGGAUGAGAAGUCGCCGCUACCCUCAAAGGAAGCAUCAAAGCCGGCAUCUGCAGUGGAGAGUCCCAAAGACGGAAGCCCAAAGGCGGACAAGUCUCCGGUGGCCUCGAAGGAAGCUUCUCGACCGGAAUCGGUUGCCGAAACCGCCUCCUCGCCCAUCGAGGAAGCCCCCAAGGACUUCGCAGCAUUCCAAGAGCUGUCCCUGAAACUCGAGCGAAAGGGCGAUCUUCCAACGCUCUCCAGCCCGGUGGACGUCGCCGAGGGGGAUUUCCCGCAGCCGGCCACGCCCACCAGCUCGCCCACAACAUCCGCGCCAGCCCAGCCGGCUGAGCUCUCCAAGAUCGCCACUGAGAAGACUGCCUCCAGCCCCGUCGACGAAGCCCCCAAGUCGCCAUUCGGCUCUCACGAUUCGGAGCGACCCGCAUCCCCGGCAGAAAGCGCCCAGGGCGAGGCCAAGAAGGCAGACUCCAUCAAGGACGACAAGUCCAAGGAGCCAUCCCGUCGCGAGUCUGUGGCGGAGAGCACCAAGGACGAUGCCGAAAAGUCGAAGGAUCCUUCACGACGCGAGUCAGCGGCCGAAAGUGUGCAGCCGGAAAGUGUCAAGGACGAGAAGUCCCCUCCGGCCUCCAAGGAAGCCUCCCGACCGGAAUCGGUGGUGGAGAGCCUCAAGGACGAUGCCGAAAAAUCCAAGGAGCUGUCGCGACCGGUAUCAGUUGCAGGAUCUGUUGCUGGAAGCGUCAAGGACGAGACCGAAAAGCCAGAGAGUCGUCGCGAAUCGGUUGUCCAAAGUCUAAAAGAUGCGGCCAGCCCGCUCCCAUCUCGGCCAGAAUCUGCAGCAGACAGCACCAAAGACGCCACCGAGAAAUCCAAGGAGCCAUCUCGCCGAGAAUCCGUAGCGGAGAGUAUUCAGGAUGAUGCAGAUAAGCCGGAAAGCCGGCGAGAAUCAGCCGCCGAAAGUACAAAGGCGGAAGCCAGCAAGUCUCCUCUGGACUCCAAGGAUGCUUCCCGGCCUGAAAGCGUUGCUGAGGCUGCCAAAUCGUCACCGGCUUCCAAGGAGGCCUCGCGUCCAGAAUCGGUGGCGGAAAGCGCCAAGGACGGAGCUGAUCCUCUCGAGAGCCGAAAGGAAUCAAUUGCCGAGAGCCUCAAGCCAGAAGAGAAGUCCCCACUUGCUUCUCGCCCAGAAUCCGUGGCGGAAAGUGUGAAAGACGACGCGGAUAAGUCAAAGGAGCCAUCUCGCCGCGAAUCCGUGGCGGAGAGCAUCAAGCCAGAGAGUGUGAAGGACGAGAAAUCUGCGGCUGCUUCCAAGGAGCCUUCCCGCCCAGAAUCGGUGGCCGAAAGUGUCAAAGACGAAGCUGAAAAGUCCAAAGAGCCUUCCCGACGUGAGUCCGUGGCGGAGAGCAUCAAACCGGAGAGUGUGAAGGAUGAGAAGUCCCCUCUGGCCUCCAAGGAACCUUCCCGUCCAGGAUCCGUAGUGGAAAGUGUCAAGGACGAUGCAGAACAGUCCAAGGAACCAUCGCGACGCGAAUCUGUUGCGGAGAGCGUGAAGCCAGACAGUGUGAAGGAUGAAAAGUCGGCAGCGGCUUCCAAGGAGCCUUCCCGGCCAGAAUCUGUAGCGGCGAGCGUCAAGGAUGAUGCGGAAGCCUCCAAGGAGCCAUCCCGUCGCGAAUCCGUGGCUGAGAGUACAAAACCAGAGAGUGUGAAGGACGAGAAGUCCCCCCUGGCUUCCAAAGAACCCUCCCGGCCAGGAUCUGUGGUGGAAAGUGUCAAGGACGAGGCUGAAAAGUCCAAGGAACCAUCACGCCGGGAAUCUGUGGCUGAAAGCAUCAAGCCGGAGAGUGUGAAGGACGAGAAGUCCCCGUUGGCGUCCAGGGAGCCUUCCCGCCCAGGAUCCGUAGUGGAGAGCGUCAAGGACGAAGGUGAGCAGCCUGAGAGCCCUAAGGAAUCCAUCGCUGAGAGUACAAAGCCGGAAGAGAAAUCGCCGCUAGCCUCCAAGGAAGCGUCCCGACCGGAGUCGGUGGCUGCGCAGUCCAAGGAUCCAUCCCGACGCGAAUCAGUUGCCGAAAGCAUCAAGGAUGCUGCCAAGGACGAGGAGAAGUCGCCCCUGGCUUCCAAGGAAGUCUCCAGACCCGCAUCCGUGGUGGAAAGCGUCAAGGACGAAGGUGAGAAGCCCGAAAGCCGCCGGGAGUCCGCCAAGCCGGAGAGCGACAAGGAUGAAAAGUCAGUUCCCGCCUCCAAGGAGCCUUCCCGGCCAGAAUCGGUGGCCGAAAGUACCAAGGACGAAGCCGAGAAGUCGAAGGAGCCAUCCCGUCCGGAGUCAGUGGCCGAAAGCAUCAAGGCAGAGAGCACCAAGGCGGAGGAGAAGUCCGCAGAGGCCUCCAAGGAAGCUUCCCGACCCGCGUCCGUGGCGGAAAGUGUGAAGGAUGAGCCGGAGAAGUCCAAGGACCCCUCUCGUAGAGAAUCCGUGGCAGAAAGCAUCAAGGCAGAGAGUACAAAGGACGAGAAGUCUCCACUGGCAUCCAAGGAUGCGUCCCGUCCCGCAUCGGUGGCCGAGAGUGCCAAGGAUGGAGCCACUCCGCCCAAGGAUGCCACGUCUCGCCCGGAAUCUGUCGCGGAGAGCCCGGCUGCAAAGUCUCCGGCUCCAUCCCGGCCAGAAUCCGUGGUGGAGAGUGUCAAGGAUGAGCCCAUUCAAUCCAAGGAGCCAUCCCGACGAGAGUCCGCUGUCGAGAGCAUUAAGGCGGAAAGUGUGAAGGACGAGAAGUCUCCGCCUGCCUCCAAGGAUGUUUCACGGCCGGGAUCAGUUUUGGAGAGCGUGAAGGACGAAGCAGAGGCUUCCAAGGAACCAUCCCGCCGUGAAUCUGUGGCUGAGAGUGCGAAGGCCGAAAGCGCAAAGGAGGAGCAGUCCCCUCUCGUCUCGAAGGAGCCUUCCCGAGCUGGCUCAGUGGUGGGCAGCGCCCAGGAACACAAGUCUCCAGUUGCCUCUCGCCCCGAAUCUGUAGCAGAAAGCCUUAAAGACGCGAUCGUACCUGAUAUCACCUCUAAGGAGGCAUCCCGCCCAGCUUCCGCGGCCGACAAAUCCCGCCCUGGAUCGGCUGUGGAGGAGAAAUCGCCGGCUCCCUCGCCACGCCCCGAAUCCAGCGCAGCUGCCUCCAAGGAAGCGUCUCGUCCAGGAACCGAGACAGCCUCCUCGCCCAUCGAGGAGGGCCCGCAGUCGAUUGUCGACCUGAGCCUGGAUCUGGUCCAGCCAGAGGCAGCGGGUAAGCUGCCAACAUUGUCGAGUCCCGUGGACGUGGCGGAGGGAGACUUCUCGAAAGUCCAGCAAGCGGAGUCCAGCUCGGAACAAGGCUCUGCCCCGAAGCCCGCAGAGCUCUCCCAGGUGGAUGCCGUGCAUACAGCUUCCAGUCCCGUGGACGAGGCCGCUCCCACAAUCGACGAUCAUAUCACCAGUGGAGGCCACACCUCAGAGGCCACUGCCGACCUCCUGGGCCUGGAGGAGGCUGUCGUCCAGGAGACGACUACCCAGCUGAACGAGGCCACGUCGCUCUUCGAAAGCAUUACCUCGCAGGUGGUGAAGCAGGUGGACGAGAAGGUGGAGGAGGCAGUGAAGAGCACAAGCAAACUGGAAAAGAGCUCGCUAGAGACGGUGCAGAAGGCCAUGGAGAGCACCAAGCAAGAAGUGGAAACUCUACUGGAGCUGUCCUCCGAACUCAGCACCCUGGUGGACACUAAAACGAGCGUAGUGACCUCUCAGGUUCAGGAUGUGACCAAGAAGAUUGAGGAGAAGAUCGAGGAGAUCAACACGGAACAGGGAAGCCAGGUCACAGAGUCGUCCUCCAGCACAGAGGCCAGCGGCCUGGAUCUGGGCACCUUCUCGGAGCUGCGGGAGACCCACAUCACCACCGUGGGCUCCCCGGAGUUCACGGUCACGAUCUGUGAAAGGGACGAGCCCGUGCUGCACGACAUCAAGGAGGAGGACGAGGAGCAUCGCUUCUCCCCGCCCGGCGAAGUGGGGGCGAGGUCACCGUCCAUCGUGGCCGCCCAGCCCAUUCGGCCGCUGUCCCCCCGAGAAGAGGAGGUGGCCAAGAUCGUGGCCGACGUGGCCAAGGUCCUCAAGUCGGACAAGGACAUUGUCGACAUAAUUCCCGGAUUCGAUGAGCGGCAGCUGGAGGAGAAGCUGAAGUCGAGCACCGACACCGAGGCUGAGGACUCCCUUCAGUCCCUGGAGAUCAGUGUCAUGAAGGUGGAGAUCGAGUCGGAGAAGUCCUCGCCCGACCAGAAGUCGGGUCCCAUUUCCAUCGAGGAGAAGGACAAGAUCGAGCAGUCGGAGAAGGCGCAGCUGCGUCAGGGAGCGGCUGAGGCGUCGCUAGCCUCCCGUCCGGAGUCGGCAUCCAGCCACAAGGAGGAGCUUUCCGUGGCAUCCUCUCCUCAGCCUGGCAAGGAUCUGUCGCGCCCAGAGUCCGUGGCCAGCCAGGUCAGCGAUAAGGAAACCAAGACAUCCCGGCCCGUCUCCAGCCUGAGCCAGGAAGGCGAGGACGAGUCCCUGCUUCAGUCAUCCACCACCACAGAGACUGUCGAGAGCAAGAAGCUGGAGGAGAAGAGUAGCGUCACCACAAAGUCCAGCAUCCAGACGAUCCAACAGCGGGAGGAGUCCACCAGUGACUCCCUGAGCAGCAGCCUCAAAGUGGAGGACAGCUCCCGCCGUGAGUCGCUCUCCAGCCUGCUGGCUGAGAAGGGCCUCACCAGCACCACCAGCACCGUCAGCACCAGCCUGAAGGAGGACGCCACCACAGCCUCCCAGCUGGAGGAGCUGCUGGUGCAGUCCGAAGAGUGUUCCUCGGAGUCCAUUGUGAGCGAGAUUCAGACCAGCACUCUGGCCCAAAAGACAAAGGAGGCCAAGGAGACGAAGGAAACCAAGGAGUCUAAGGAAUCAAAGGAGAUCUUUAGCAGCAUCAGCUCCAGUUCCAAGGAGGAGAACCUCAAGGAGACAGUCGCAGAGUUCCUGGCCACCGAGAAGAUCGUCUCCGCCAAGGAAACGUUUAGCGCCGAGGCCGCCAAAACUGCGGAGGAGUCCUUGAAGAAGGCCAGCACUGUCAGCAGCACCACUGCCUCCCAGCGCGCCCUCUUCGUGGGCACCGACGAGUCCCGUCGCGAGUCCCUGCUUAGCCACACCAGCGAGGGUCGCCAGACCCACAGCGAUCCCGAGGAGGAGGAGGACGACGAGGAGGAGCGCCUCAGCGUGAAGGAGGGCCGCUCCAAGUCGAUCGCCACCAUCAUGAUGACCAGCAUCUACAAGCCCUCCGAGGAUGUCGAGAUCGAAGCCACCCUGGCCGAGGAGGAGCACGAGCAGGAAGCGGAUCAGGAGCAUGAGACCAUCACGAGCACCAGCAAGACCACGCUGCUGCAAUCCAGCGAGCAGGCGAGCAGUAGCACCUCCACAACCACUACCACUACCACCAGCAGCAGCUCUAAGACCUCCUCCUCGACCUCAAAGGUCGAGUCCAUCACCCUCACCCAGCAGUCUGGCCAGGAUCAGCCCGCUGAUCGCAAGACCCCGCCCACAGCACCCGUCAGUCCCGGCAUUAAGCCCCUGAGCUCGGCAGGAUCCACUGGAGGAGCUGGAGCAGUUGGAGGAAAGUGUGAGUCUAGCGCCGCCAGCAUUGCCUCCACAUCAGGCCCACUCUCGCCCAAGGACAUCAGCGGCAAGUCGAGCCCGGGCGCCCUCACCUCUGAGAGCCAGUCCAUACCCACUCCCCUGGGUCGGGAAUCCCACACGGAGACUCCCGAGUCCUCGCCCAAGCCCACGUCGCCAUUCCCGCGGGUCACCAAGGACGAACUCAAGUCUCUGGAAGCCCAGCACCACGUUCAGGAGCAGGAAGAGAUCCUCUCUGGAGCCACAGCCAUCGCCAGCGGAGGAAUAGGCUCUAUUGGCGAGCCGGAUCUCCCCGAGCUGCACGAACUGCGCGGCAUAGAGUGCACCACCGCCUUGAGCGGCAGCACAGAAAAGAUCAUAACCACUACCAUCACCACGGUGACGAAGGUGAUCUCCGCCGACGGCAAAGAGAUCGUCACCGAGCAAAAGACAGUCACCACCACGGACAGCUCGGAGCCAGACAGCGAGAAGGUAGUAGUGACCACCACCCGGACGACCAGCGAGAGCGAGCGCGACCAGCUGCUGCCGAAGGAGGUGGCCCUGCUGCGGGGCAUGUACCGGUCCAGCACACCUGGCAGUGAGGAGGAUGACGACGUCCUGCCCGGAUCGCCACGCAGCGCCACCAGCUACGAGCUUCAGCACUCCAGCUCCGGGGUGAGCAAGCGCUCCGACCUGGAUGGAGAUGGCGACGGGGACGAGAGCCAGGACGACAUUCCGCCACAGUACGGCAGCGAGGAGCACUCGACGGCACGCUCGAUCCUGCUGCCCCGCAACGAGGACCCUAUGGCCGCCUCCUUCUACGGCGCUCUGCCCGACACCUUCGCACCGCUACCGGCACCAGCACCAAAGACCAGCACCGAGCCUAUUCCCAUCCAAGGGGCCGUGGAGUCAUCCAGCCAGGAGUCCUCCAGCAGCCAGCAGACCUGGGCGGGACACAAGUUCCUCGACCAGGCUGACAAGGACUUCCAGCGAGCGCUUGAGGAGCAUGUGCAAGCGCGCGGCGCCGAAGUCAUGUCUUCCGUUACCGCCAAGUACUCGUAUUCGCCCUCGAAGGCCGAGGAGGUGGAGCAGAUCGUGACGAGCACGGCGGAACGGCAGCGCUUCCCGCUGAGCGACGUCCAGCGGAUGCGAGUGGCGGAGAGUGGGUUUGCCACCGUCGGUGGCCAGCAUCAGGAGAAGCCUGAGGAGGCAGCCCCCGCCACAACCACAGCCAUAACUGUUCCAGAAACCACACCUGCAACAACCACAACCACUUCGACCGGCGCCACACCAAAGGACCGUCUCGAGGAGUGGGGAAAGCCCCUGGGCUUGCCCUCGCCCGCUCCUCUGCCCGUCGAGGGCGGCGCCGACAUCCGGACCACGCCCAAGAAGGAACGCCGUCUGGUGGCCACGAAGACGCGACUGAACAACGAGAAGAAUCUGCGUAAGCGCAGCGAGUCGCCCAACAAGGUGGGCAAGAAGCCAGCUCCUGUCUACGUGGAUCUGACGUACGUGCCCCACAACGGUAACUCCUACUACGCCCACGUCGACUUCUUCAAGCGGGUGCGGGCCAGGUACUACGUAUUCUCCGGCACGGAGCCCAGUCGCCAGGUGUACGAUGCACUGCUCGAGGCAAAGCAGACAUGGGAGGACAAGGAGUUGGAGGUCACCAUUAUACCCACGUACGAUACCGACGUACUGGGCUAUUGGGUGGCUGAAAACGAGGAGCUGCUAGCCAAGCACCGCAUCGACCUCUCGCCCUCCGCCUCGCGCUGCACCAUCAACCUGCAGGAUCACGAGACAUCCUGCUCCGCCUAUCGCCUGGAGUUCUAGGCCACGGGCCUGUUUAUUGCAUUCGACGACGAUGACUAGAGACGAACCCACAACGCACAAACCCAACCAACCAACCAACCAACCAGGAACCGUGGAGCAGGAGACGUGCCGGAGCAUCGAGUCCGUGCUGGACUUUUAAAGUGCCUGGACAUGAUGCUCCGGCAGCGACUGGCAGGAUAAACACCGGACUAGUACCAGGAGUAGGACCACAACCAAAACCAGGAUAACGGACAACGGACGAUGACAGGACGACAGCAACAGACAGCAAGGAAACUGGAAAGGAUGUAAUAUGGGCGCACAGAAAACGGAGACAUGCGACGCAGAGCUGAUACGGCGGAGGAUGCCACUUUGUUUGCGAAUGCAGUGCCGUCUAUUGAGCUUUUGCGCCUCUACGUAACCAGAGCUACGUAAUUAAUUGAUAUAUGUUUUGAAGAAAUUAAUUACCAACAAAAACCAAAGGGAAAACCCGAAAAAAGAAACAGUGCAACCGAACCAUCAAGAAAUCGAAAGACACGGCGUUAGUAUCCGUUGCUUUAAUCGAGAAUGUCAAGCUACCUUGUCUAGAAACCCAAAGAUCAAAAUAGUUAUCGAAAAAUCUCGCCUAGCUAAAAUAUACACGCAAAAGGGGGAACCCCACGCAAUCUAAAUCGAAAGCUAAAACUAUGCAAAGAAAUGGGAAAUGAAAACCAAAACCUCUAUAUAUGUAUACACAAGCAUAUACAUUACAUACAUAUAUGUAAUGAUGAAUAAUAUUCGUGUUAAUUGUAUUAGUGGAAACUUUACGAAACGCAAAACGAAGGUGUUUCGAAAUUUUAAAGCGUAGCCCCGCGAGUCAGAGCGCUAAGUAGUCGUAGGAUAAGCGAUAUUAGAAAGAUCAUAGAGACACAUAGGGCAGAUCGGAUUGGAAUGCGAUUGGUUUGGCUUGAGGGUGGAGAAGAAGGACCUUCUUGCUCUACUCCACGAUCCAAACAAACUAAAUCAAACAGUUUCGAACUAAAAUCUACAAUAUACGAUUAUCCAUUUAAAGUUUACAUUUUCCGAUUACCCCGCGCCCGUCAAGAUCCAACAACCUCGAUAAUGUGCCUCCUCUUUAGGGGAUAUACUCGUACUCGUACACCCAAAAUAUGUCUGCACCAAAAGCCCCCAGAAUAGCAGUUCCGUAGUCCAUUCUUAAUCUUUUGUGUUGUCUUUCCUUAUCUGUUUGAUUUCGUUUUGUUGCAGGCAGAAAGACUUGAACAUAUAUCCAGCAGCUAUAGCAAUCGAUAAGCGAUUAACGAUAAACGAUAAACGAUAUACGAUAUACGUACACCUCAAAAUAGGGAAGGGAAUUUUGAAUUGAAUGGAAUAGAGUUUAAGUGGAAGGAGCUGGCGAAAGUGGGUUUGUUGCUGGCGGGUGAUAGACUAGGACCUCGACGGACAAGGACCCUGGAACAAGGACUGAGAGUCAAUGCUGAUGUUACAAUAUAAGGAUAAUGAGGAUCCGAGGAGACAGAGGACUAGAACUGGGCUUGUGAUCAGGUUAGGUGGGUUGUUCGGGAGGGUGGACAGUGGGUUUGGGAUCAGGACAUGCAGAAUGCAAGACAGUCGGGACGAGAACGACAGAGACAGAGAGAGAUAGAGAGAGAGAGAGUCAGAUAAACUAAUACGAUUAAAUAUUGAAGAACACAAAGUGAAGGUUAUUUUUCUAUAUUUUUUUUACUUUUUCAUAGUCAUAGAAUAACAAAUUUUCAAACAAACAAACAGAUAGCAGAAACAACUGAUAAAUAUGCGAUUUAAUAGGAGGAAGGAUGAAAAGGACGACGAGGAGGAGGAGGAGGAGG